AUGCCAACUGAACUCACAGAAUUCCUCAAUUCACAAUAUCGAUAUAGGUGAGAGAUUCCAGAAAAACGGAAAAUCAAAAAUAUUUGGAGGUCUAGGAUUUUUAAAAAUCUAGAAAUGUUUCUUAUUAUUUUUAUAACUACAUAUCUUGACUUUUUUAUUUUCUCUCAUUAGAUAAAACUAUCACCACUGUCAUUUUUGUUCAGGAUCGUAAAACCAAGAUUUGGUUUCAAAGAAAAACCUAGAAACCCAAACAUUUUCUUUUUUAAUAUAAAAGGCCACAUGAACUGACAAAGUCUACUGUAUUUCGAUGUCCUCUUCCACGAUUCGAAUAUUUUUGAAUUUACAAUAUCAAUCCGUAGCCCCGCCCAUAACUUCGAACGCCCCGCCUCCAUUUUUUGUCUUUUUGGCACUUAUCCCCUCGCUUUCUUCCUCUCUCUUCAUUUUUCUCUUCUUCUUCACACACUCUCAUUUUCUUCCUUCGUUUUGCUCGUUUUUUAUGUGAUGUGAUGUUUUGUUACAAAUUUUUUUCGAAACUUUUGAAAAUCUCAAUUUUUGUUUUCAGGUAUAUAGGAUCAGAAUAUUUUGAAAUUGGUCUGGUCUGGUUUUUGUGGCCACGAAUUCAGCCAAUGUGAUAGUCGGAGUUCGAGACAUAUGCGACUAAUAUGGUUAUGGAAGCUGCUGCUCGCAGCCACCAUUUUUUGGAGCAUUCAACAAGUUCAAGGUAUUUUUAUUUUCUUAUUUAAUUGGUUUAAACUAGUGAUCUGAAAAUACCUGAUUUUUUAUCAUGUUCUUUAUUUUUUGUGUAAAAUUCAGUCAUUGAGGAUUAUACAAAUAUCUAAUCCGCUAAUUCGAUCUAUAUUCAUUUUUGCCACGAAAAAAAUAUGCGAAAACUACUCAUUUUUACGAGAAAAAUAAUAAUAGAGCUAAUCAAACCGCAAUUCCUAGAUUAGGUUCAUUUCCAUGUUUUUUUCAUUAAAUAGAAAAUAAAAAUUACAAGAUAAGGGAAAAGUUCUUUUUUUUCCAGUCAAUCGCAGAACAGUUGUCGAUCAUCAUUAAUUUUGUUUUCUUUGUGACUUGCGGAAAAAAGAUUCGAAACAUAUGUCGCGGUUUUUUUUUCGAAUCUUCUCGCAUGAGACAUUUUUCGCUGCUGAAGGCUUUGGGGAAAUUGUUUCCGAAAUACAUAUGUAGUAGUUUUGAAAUAGCCAGAAACAAAAAAGUACAAAACAAAUUGCGACAACGCAUGCAACCCAAAAUUGGGCAUGCAUUUUUGAUGGUUUCGAUGAACUCUUCUUUUUUUUUGGAAUAAAGUGCAUAGUUGGAUAAUUUUUGAGUUUUAUCUGAGUACACUGGAAGGAAAUCAAGAAAUACUUAUAUUUAUUUUCUCACGUGACAUUCUGGGAAUUUUUAGAUUUCAUUUCUUUGACUUUUAGGAUCACCGAACUUGAAUUUUCAAAAAAAGUGAAAAGAUUAUUCAACCAAAUAUCUUUGAUGAAAAAAUGUUCCUAAAAUAUGAUCCUGAAUAAUCUUCUUUAUAAACUUCCCAUAAAAUCAAUUUUUGAAAAAAAUGAAACUAAAAAGACUUUCCAAACAUAAUUUUUUCUCAAAAAAAUUAACAAGUUUUUUGAAAGUUGGAUAAAAAAAGGAAGUGACAAAAAUUAUUUGCAAAAAGUCUGUCAUUCCGAAUUUUUAGCCGAUACUAAUCCAAGAUUUUCCAAAAAUCUUUGAUAAGUUUUUUUCCAAACAUUGCUGACUCUUCAAAAAUUCCGGGUUUUUUCCAAGUCAUUUUUAAAUUUUCCCAAUUUUCUUUUUGUUCCUCGAAAAAACUCUGCCUCAAUGUUAAUUAUUUCGGGGUUGUGUAGAUAGUUGUAGAGUAAGAGUAGUAUAUUUUUCAAACACACACACACAAAAACAACGACAUAAUGAGUCCCUCCCGAAAUACUUUUUGCUCUCUCUUUUGGCUCAUUUCAUUUCAAUUUCAACACAUGUUUUUGUUUAUAAAAAAUGUGGGUGUUGGUUGUUGAGAGGAGGGUGUGUGGAGUGGGGUGUAAACUAAAAAAAAUUUGGUGAAAGUUUCCUGCUCUAGAAAAAAAGAGCAGGGAGCCAUCAAUUUUUCAAUUCUCAUUCCAACACGAAGACACAACAAAAAAAGCAUCAUAAAAACAUUUCGUCUUCCAUCUUUCAAUUCAAUAAAAAAUCAACCACGAAGACAAGAAAAUGAAAAUGAAAAAUGUUGGAUAAUACAUCAAAUAAAUUAGUCAUUCUCAGGCUCGCAAAAAAAAUCGAGGAACAAAAAAUGUUGGCCUUCAUGGCGGUGAUCGGAUAAUCUGCCGUGGGAAUUUUUAUUAUUCUUUCCUAUGAUUUUUUAUUUUAUAUUUAUUUUCGCAAUGCGAGUGUAGCAAAACUGAAAACUAAUAUUUUUGGAAAAACGUUUCAAGGCACAUUGAUUUUAUGGGGGUUUAAGAUUUCAUGCUACUGUAGUUUCCCAGGAAAGAAUUAUUUAUUGUAUCUUCAAAACAGUAUAGAUAUUAACUUUAGAUGUUUGUAAUUCAACGAUUUUUAGAAUUCAGAUAUUUUUCGGUUACCUCAAGUUUAGGCCAACGCUUAGGACUUUGAAAAUAUAAAUGUCAACUAUUGUAACAUCGAAAAUUUGAAAUUACAUAGUAGCAAUUGAACCUGAAGGCAACCACUGAUUUUUUGAAAGCCUAGAAAAAUUAGAGCUCAAAAAGUGCAUUCUCAGAAAAAAGCCCACCCAGCGUUUUUUUUCUCAAUUUCAUUUUUCAAACUCAAUUCCAAUUCCCAUCUUAUCCCAUUCCGCAAACUAAUAUCUAAUCUAUAUUUUCUCGCAAAAACCAUCGGACACUUUUCUCUAGAAAAAAACUUGAUAAAGCGUCUCAUGUCCCCCGGGUCCAUUAUAUCUUUUUUUCGGCCGCUGCGUCUUUUUUGACUAUGCAAAACAAAGUAUCCUUUCAUAUUUACUACUUCUACGGGGAAUCGGAAUGGAAUAGUUAAUUAUGUUGAAAAAAUAAUUAUGUAUUCAAAUCAGAAUCAGAAUGAGAAUUAUUCGUGGAAUUAUGAGAAAAGUUGAAAGAACUAAAACAUGGCUAGAAAAAAGGAAAAGAGUGAGCAAAGUUCGAAAACUAGAAAAAGUCUGCUUGAAAAAAACGUGGCACGUAUAAACUUGGAGAAGAUCCUUGAUAAUUGAACUUUCUAGGCGUGAUUACCUGACCACUGGAAUUCCUAGACUCUAAAGGCAAAACAUUUUUUUUUUGAUGAACUUUAAAGUUUAUAAUUGAAAAAUGAAAAGUGCCAUGUUUAUUUUUGACACCCACUACCUUAGCCUAGAUUUAACUAAACCCAUAUUUUUUGCAGGAGGAAGUGAAGUGAAAUGUUUUUGCGAUCGUCUGAAUUGUGAAGAUCAAAUGUUGUGUCAAGGCCAAUAUUGUUAUAUCGGGUUAGAAAAAAUUGAUGACGGUGAGUUUUUUCCUCGUUUUUUUAACCAAAAAAUACAUCAGAAAUAGUAAAAGAACUACUACAAUUUCCAUCCGUAACCAAGCAACUCUAUAAAUUUUUUGUAUUCUUCUCGAAUAAUUAUUUUUUCUUUUAUGUUCCUCUCUUUCUCCUUUCGUUUUUGUUGUUAUUUUUCACUAGGAAAUACAUAGUAAGUACAUUACAUUUUCAAGGCACGAGAAAAAUAAACGAGGAGCCAGGAAAAAAGAAGACACAUAGUUAUCGAAAUAUUCAUCUUUUUUCGGAAAUCCCGCGGGAUUUUUUGAGAAGAUGUCGUUUUUUUUGACAUAGUAGAAGUUGUAGAAGGGUGGAGUGGUGUGUAGUAGAAACAUAAAGGGAAAAGGGAUGAAAGACACAUGUUUUUAAGAAAAAAAAAUCAGGAAGACAAUUUCUCGCUCCGAAAUUAAUAUGGGAUUUUAUACCACGUUGAAUUUUUGAAUUUGAACUUAUAUGAAUGAAUUUCUGCCAUUAAAAUCUAUUUUUUUUUUCUUAAAAAAAAUUAACUGAAAGCUAAAAGAAUUUUUAAAAUUCCCACCUUCAAUUUAAUUUUCGUCGAAAACCUCCACCAAAAACAUUGCAGUAUUUUCAGAUAAACCGCGACUACGACAAUUUUGCGGUUCCAGCGAUUAUGUACCAUAUUUGAACAGUCAUACAAAUUGUCAAGGAAACAUCGAAGGUUGGCAAGAAGUUUGCAAAUGUUCCGAAGAUUUUUGCAACACUUUUGCAUUUUUGCGAUCUUCAAUUGAUUCGAUGGUUGAUAGUAAAGAUUUAGUAGCGUUUGAAAAAGUCGAAAGGAAAACUGAGGCGCAAACACCGCGAUCUGUGAGUUUUUAUUUAGUAAAAAAUUCCUGCAAUAAAAUUUUAAAAGCUCAAUUUUAUACAAAAUUAUGGAAAACUUUGAGCUCUCACUUAUAAAUUUUUUUUUCGUUAAAAAAUCCCAAAAAAAAUUAUUUUUCAAGUUUGGAAGCCCGUGUCAAAAUUAUCCAAAGCCCCUUCCUAUAUUUUUUUUCGAAAAUGUUCAACAGAUUGUUUCAGCAUGAUGUUGUAAUGCGUGCUCAAAACAGCAACCUCAUCGUUCUUCUAGUAAUUAUUCCAUUAUCAGUCGGCGGUUUUGCCGUUUGUCUAAUAUUUUUGAAUUAUCAUUGCAAAAUGUGCUGA